AAUAAGUAAUAGAAGAAAGCGAGUAGCCUAGUACCACUAACACAUCCUGAAAAAGCUCAACUAUAGGAAGUUUCCUCGAAAGUCCCUUCUCCUCACCCAUGGCUUCCCUUCUUAACCUCCCUCAUCUUCCCUUCACUUUCCCACCAUCUUCAUUUCCAACAUUUCCAACUCUCAUCAUUCUCUCUCCUCAAAAACAAAAACAACAACAACAACAACAACAACAAUCAAAAUGAAGCAACUACUCAAAUCCCUCCACCCGAAGCAAAUAUUCCGCCACAACAACAAAAAAACCCCUCUCUCCUCCCACUCCUUAACCAAAUCCGAACCUCCUUCCUUCGGCUCAUCCUCUUCCUCCUCCUCCUCCGCCUCUUCCGGGCCGGGACCGGGCCGAACCCGUUCAGAGGACCUAUCCGUUCGGCCCGACCCGUGGACGGAGGAGGCCUUCAAGAUGAUGGACCUCGACGGCGACGGAAAGAUCACACGCGUAGAGCUACACUCUCUCUUCAAGCGCGUGAGAGUAAACGCGCCGUCGUUAUCGGAGGAAGAGGUGGCGGAGAUGAUCAAAGAUAUCGAUACGGAUGGUGAUGGUUGUAUCAGCUUAGAGGAGCUGGAAGCCGUUGGAUCUGCACUUGAUCCUACGGGUGCAGAUGAAGAUGAUCUUAAGGACGCGUUUGGUUUCUUUGAUGUUAAUAAAGAUGGGAAAAUCUCACCGGAGGAGUUACACGCAGGGUUUGUUGCGUUGGGGGAUGAACGGUGCACGUUAGAAGAGUGUAGGCGUAUGAUAGAAGGUGUGGAUAAGAAUAAAGAUGGUUUUGUUUGUUUUCAGGAUUUUAGUCGUAUGAUGAGGUUUUCUAGAUAAUUUUAUUUUGGGGAGAAAAACGGAUUAUUUUUAUGAUAAUGGUAGAUUGAAUUCGAUCUACAACUUUGUUGUGCUACCGUACAUAUUUUGUCCUAUGAGAAUUGAGCUGAAAUGAAAAUUAUCAUCUUUCUUUUUA